AUGAGCCAUCAUCCGGAGUCUGCGGCGCCCGGCGAGGCCCUCGGCCAAUCAGCAUCUCUGUCUCCUGCGCCGCGUUACCAUGGUGAUGAAGAAGAGGAGGACCUGAACAAAGUAUUCGAUGUUGAGGGUUUUCCGCAGAUCUUUGGUUCUGCAGCGUUCAGUCCGCCAGACAAACACCGAGUCUAUGACGAGCAGGACUUUGAAGAUCACCGCCACUGUUCUCUCCAGGUCCAGCCUCCUCUGUCCAAACCCCCCCCUGACAUCAAGAGGAAGAGGACCAAUGAGGGCAGGAGGGAUGGGAGGAGAGGCUCCGCCCCCAGCGCCGCGACCACCAUAGAAGAAGACCAGGAGGAGGAGUCCUGCCGUCAGACCACGGACGACUCUGACGAGGCUGGAGCGUUGACGUCGGUCGACUUGGACGGAAUCAAGAGUCACCGAUUGGACGAUGUUCCGGCCGUGCGGCGCCACCUGCUGAGGCGGAGCUGCAGAGGACCGGUCGUCCACAUCAGCAAAGAUCAGGUCGUGGGUCAGAUCCAGAUCCGACCGGACCGGACGCCUCACGAGGUGUUUGUGGAGCUGAACGAGCUGAUGAUUGACAGGAACCUGCAGCUGCAGUGGCGGGAGACGGCUCGGUGGAUCCGAUUGGAGGAGGAGCUGGAGGAGGAGACUGAGCGCUGGGGGCGGCCUCACGUCGCCUCUCUCUCUUUCCGCUCGCUGCUCGAGCUCCGGAGAACCCUCUCCCACGGGGCGGUGCUUCUGGACCUGAAGCAGAGGACGCUGCCGGACAUCGCCCAGCAGGUGGCGACGCAGAUGGUGAUCUCCGAUCAGAUCAAAGCUGAGGAUCGGACCAGCGUCCUGAGAGCUCUGCUGCUCCCACACAGUCACCCCAGUGAUGAGAAAGAUCACAGCUCGUUCAGCAGGAACAUCUCUGCAGCCAACAUGGCCGCCCUGAUUGACAAACACAACGGCCAAUCAGAGCUCCCACAAAACCUGACCAAUCACAAAGAGGCUGAGCCAGAGAAGACCAAGAGAGAAGCCCCGCCCCUCUGUCAGCCCAGAUCCAAACAUGAAGCAAAGCUGAUGGAGAAGAUCCCAGAGAGAGCUGAGGCCACCGUGGUUCUCGUCGGCAGCGUGAGCUUCCUGGACCAGCCCUCCAUGGUGUUUGUGCGGCUGCAGGAGGCGGUCCUGCUGGAGUCUGUCCUGGAAGUCCCCGUCCCUGUGAGGUUCCUGUUCUUGCUGCUGGGCCCCCCCGUCGCCAACGUGGACUAUCACCAGAUGGGACGCUCCAUCUCCACCCUGAUGUCAGACAAGCACUUCCAUGAGGCAGCGUACCAGGCUGACGACCGCCAGGACCUGCUGACGGCCAUCAACCGCUUCCUGGACUGCAGCGUGGUGCUGCCGCCCUCGGAGGUGGACGGGGACCAGCUGCUGCACUCGGUCGCUCGCUUCCAAAGAGAAAUGCUCCAGAAGAGGGAGGAGGAGCAGGGCAGCAAACUGCAGGAGAAACCCUCGAGUCCUCAGCAGCAUGAAGACUCGCUGGUUCCUUCCAAACCCGGCGACGAGCCCCUGCGGCGGUCGGGCCGUCUGUUCGGAGGUCUGAUCCAGGACGUGGCUCGCCGCUACCCUCAGUACCUCAGUGACCUCAGAGACGCUCUGAACCCUCAGUGCAUGGCCGCCAUCAUCUUCAUCUACUUCGCUGCCCUGUCGCCUGCCAUCACCUUCGGGGGGCUGCUGGGUGAGAAAACAGAGGGUCUGAUGGGCGUGUCGGAGCUGAUUGUUGCCACGGCGAUGCAGGGCAUCGUGUUCAGCGUGUUGGGGGCUCAGCCGCUGCUGGUGAUCGGCUUCUCUGGACCGCUGCUGGUGUUUGAAGAGGCCUUCUACACUUUUUGUAAAAGCAAUGGGAUCGAGUACUUGACGGGCCGGGUGUGGAUCGGGUUCUGGCUGGUGCUGCUGGUUCUCCUCACUGUGGCCUUCGAGGGAAGCAUCCUGGUUCGCUUUGUCUCCCGCUUCACUCAGGAGAUUUUCUCCUUCCUCAUUUCCCUCAUUUUCAUCUACGAGACCUUCGCCAAAACAGUCAAGAUCUUUCAGGAGCAUCCUCUCAAAAACUGUUACCAUGGAAACAACACAGUAUCUCCAUUUCUCUGCAACUUUACAACUGUUGCUGGGAAUCCUGGGAAGGUUGUUGGAGAGCCCAACACUGCCCUGCUGUCGUUACUGCUCAUGGCCGGAACGUAUUUCAUCGCUUUCUUCCUCCGCAAGUUCAAGAACAGCUCCUUCUUCCCCGGCAGGCUCCGUCGGAUCAUCGGAGACUUUGGGGUCCCGAUUGCUAUCCUCAUCAUGGUGCUGGUGGACUACAGUGCGGAGGACACCUACACACAGAAACUCAAUGUGCCCAGUGGAUUCUCUGUCUCCAGUCCAGAGAAGCGUGGUUGGAUGAUUUCUCCUUUGGGAUCGGACGGGCAGUUCCCCAUCUGGAUGAUGGGCGCAAGCAUUCUGCCGGCCAUCCUCGUCUUCAUCCUCAUCUUCAUGGAGUCCCAGAUCACAGCACUGAUAGUCAGUAAGAAGGAGAGGAUGCUGGUGAAGGGAACUGGUUUCCACCUGGACCUCCUCAUCAUCGUGGCGGUGGGUGGAGUCUCAGCUCUGUUUGGUUUGCCUUGGCUGUCAGCUGCAACAGUUCGGUCCGUCACCCACACCAACGCCCUCACCGUGAUGAGCAAAGCUGUCGCCCCUGGCGACAAGCCCCGGAUCCAGGAGGUGAAGGAGCAGCGGGUGACUGGCUUCCUGGUGGCCGUGUUAGUGGGUCUGUCCAUCGUGAUCGGAGAGGUUCUGCGUCAGAUCCCUCUCGCCGUGCUGUUUGGGAUCUUCCUCUACAUGGGUGUGAUGUCCCUGAACGGGAUCCAGCUCACCGAGAGGCUCAUCCUGCUGCUGAUGCCCUCAAAGUACCACCCGGACCAAAGCUACGUCCGCAAGGUACGGACGUUAAGAAUGCACAUGUUCACUAUUGUCCAGCUGACCUGUCUGUCCCUGCUGUGGGUCGUCAUGGCGACGGCAGCAGCACUAGCCUUCCCCUUCGUGUUGCUGCUGACGAUCCCGGUGAGGAUGCUGCUGCUGCCUCGGCUCUUCACCCGCAGGGAGCUGCAGAGCCUGGACGCUGACGACAUGGAGUCGCCCCUGGAGGAGAAGGACGGGCAGGACGAGUACUCACAGCUGCAGAUGCCCGUGUGACCCG